AAGUCAAGGGUAUUGACAAAUGUAAUGUACCUAAAAUAUAUUCUGAUCUUUCAUGUCUUUAUUAAACACACUCAUUCAACAUUCAAAACGGUAGUGGAAAAAGUAAGUGAACAUUUGGAAUUAAUAACUGGUUGACCCUCCCUUUGGCAGCAAUAACCUCAGCCAGGCGCUUUCUGUAGCUGUGGAUCAGACCUGCACAUCGUUCAGGAGGAAUUUUAGGCCAUUCUUCCUUGCAGAACUGCUUUCGCUCUGUCAUAUUCUUUGGAUGUCUCGUGUAUGGCUCUCUUCAAGUCAUUGAGGUCUGGGUUCUGACUGGGCCACUCUAAAAGUCGGAUUUUGUUUUUCUGUAACCAUUCUGUUGUGGACUCCAGUGUUUUGGGUCAUUGUCCCGUUGCAUCACGCAACUUCUGCAGAGUUUCAGCUGACGUACAGACGUUCUCACAUUAUCCUGAAGAAAUUUUUGAUACACUUGGGAAUUCAUCUUCCCCUGAGUGAGUGCAAGCUGGUCAGGUGCAGCAAAGCAGGCCCAAAUCAUGAUGUUUCCUCCACCAUACUUUAUGGUUGGGAUAAUGUUUUCAUGAUUAUAUGCAGUGCUCUUUUUAUACCAGAUGUAAUACUGUGUGUUCUGUCCAGAUAGUUCAAUCUUUGUUUCGUCGGUCAACAAAACAUUUUGCCAAUACCGCAGUGGAGAGGCAAUGUGCUCUUUCAAAAACUUCAGGCGUGCAGCAAUGUUCUUUUGAAUACGCAGUGGCUUCCUUUGUGGUUUCCUGCCAUAGACACCCUUCUUGUUCAAUGUUUUACAUACUGUAGACUCAUGAACACAGACGUUAGCCAGUUCCAAUGAUGCCUUCAAAUCUUUGGCUGCCACUCAGGGUUGUUUCUUUACCUCUUUGAGUCCUUGUUGUGCUCUUGGGGUCUUUUUGACUGGGUGCCACUUCUUAGUAGACUAACCAGUCUCAAAGUGUCUCUAUGUAGAUCAUUUGCCUGACUGUAGACUAGUGAAUUUCUAGAGUCUUUAAAGUUACUUUGUAGCUCUGUCCAGCUUUAUGUAAAUCAACAAUUCUUCAUUGUAGAUGAGGCAUGGCUUCCAUGAGAGUAUUAUUCUUGUGUGGAGUAAGCUAACAAUGUUUAAGUGCUUUUUAUCCAUCCAAGUAGCUCUAGUUCACACCUCCAAACUAAUUUUUGUAACAAGACUCCAGGUAUGCUAACAUUGGACUCCAGUUAGCUUUUUUGAGGGUAUUAACUCAAUGGUUCACAUACUUUUUCCGCUAGCACUAUGAGGUUUUCAUGGUUGUUCUCAAUAAAGAAAAAAGACAGAUCAGAAUUUCUUCUGUGUUAUUAUUUUAGGCACAUUAUAUUUCUUAGUAUCCUUGACUUAGCUGUAGACCAGAUCACAUUUUAUGACAAAUGAAUGCAGAAAAACAUGAAAUUCCUGAAGGUUCACAUGCUUUGUCUUGCCACUGUACAAGACUCUUAUUCAGAGUAUCAGCUAAUCUGUGGAAUUGCCCCUACAGUCUUACAAAUCCCGUUUUCAGCUGAAGGUGUUUAAUCGGCUGCUCAUUCCUUUUAAUUUUCACUUACAGCUGUUGAAAAUGCAACCCCUGGUUUACAUGUCUUGGCUGUCAGUAUGCAAGAAGUGGGCUCAGACUGCAGGAUGAGAAUAGCUCCCCUGCUGUAGCUGUGCAGACUACAUCAUACUGCUGCCAGGGAAAUGAUGAGUCUGCAGAAUCCCGGAGCACCACACAAGGACAAGGAGGGGAAGCAUAGAAAGAUCAGACUUAAAGCAGUUUGAGAUCCCUAUAGCCUGCCAAAAUGUGCACACUAUAAACUGGAUAAUCUCAGCAUGAUACCAGUAUCACAUAGCUCUAACAUUUAGUUUUCAGCAACAGAUGACACACUAGAGGAUGUUUCAUGAUAAAGCCAAACUGUUAGUAAGUUCAUUUAUGUAUUAUUAGUAAUUCCUCCAGGAAUGUAUUUCUGGACUUGCACAGUUCAUGCAGAAGUCUGACAGCUUUGAUGAUAGAUGCAGUCAUUCUGUGGUAGCAGUGAGAGUAGCUGUUAGAUAGCAGAUAAGGGUAAAAUCACCUCUCUUCCUGCGUAUUGCCACAUGGGGGAUCAGUGUGUGUUUGCCAGGCAAGAUAUUGGCAGGAAAGGCUUUUUGCUGCAUCUGUCAUCCCAGGACAAUAAAUAAAGGAACACAAACGACGUGCUUACAUCUGCAAUGGGGAAAAACAAGGCAAGGCUUUCAGCACAUUUUCAGUUCAUAUUAGAUGAUUUUAAAGCUCAGGACAGUGGCAUUUUUCACUCUUCUCUCUCAGGUUCUCCUUUAGAUUUCUUCCACACGCCUCCCACCACACCCUCACAGGCAGAGCUGACUACCAUGGCCUUAUCCUCUGCAGCCUCUUCUGAUAAGGCACAGACUCCAUCACCGACAGGCAGCACCACCCCCUCCACCACCUCUCCGGUCGCAGACUGGACACAGAAACUGUCGGCUCCCUCAGAAUGGGCCGUAAUCAAUGUAGACGGCAUCGCCUCCUCGAAGACAAACAUGAACGAUGCAGCAGGGAGACAUGAAAAAGCUUCAGUCAGUCUUGGCAGUCCAGCGUCGCCUCCUCCGUCUAGAGGAUCGCCUUCAGAGCCGAGCUGGCAGGAGAGAGACAGCGGACUGGAGCCACAGGCUGCAGCAGAGAGAGCAGGAGAGGAGAUGACCUUGGUUUUACUUAGUCUGAUGGAGCACUACAGGGCCUCACUGGGCCUUACUCCCAACACUGAUAUUACCACAGGAGCAGUAGAGUUGCUCAGACGCUUGAUAACGGAGAGGGAGGAGCUGGUUGGGGAAGUGGACACACUCAGGGAGACCCUCAGAACAGAGAGGUUGGAGUGGCAUCAGUUCCAGUGUGACCUGCAGGUGGCAGUAUCUGUGGCCGACCGGCUGCGGGUCGAGUCGGAGCAGGCUCUGGGUUUGCUUCAGGAAAGUCACAGGACUGUGGAGGAUCAACUGGCCCAGGCCCUCAGCAGACAGCAGGAGACGGACCGAGAGCUAGAGAGUCUGAAGACUGAACACAGAAAUGUCUGUCACAAACUAAAUGAACUCACCCUUCAGCAGCAGCAGCAGCAGCAGGAGCGAGCUGAGUUGAAUGCAGUGAAGAACAUCUGCAGGGUGGAAGACAGACUAACAGAUGAAGAGGCUGAAAGACAAGACUCCAGUGAAGGACAGCAGGAGGGAAUACAGACAAUAACAGAGGAAGCUGAAGCUAAAGAUGAGACUGAAGCAAAUCAACAAGUGGAUGCUAAAGGUGUAGCUGCUGAUCCUGAAGAAACAAAUGGAAGCGUGCAUCUGACAGGGAGAGGGGUGGCAGAAGGAUACCUCCGCAGUUUGGUGGCCCUGGAGAAGAAGAAAGAAGAGGGAUGUGGACAAAGAGAUCCGAGGAAGAUUGUGAUGCUGUCUGAAAGAUCUUGGAGUCUCUCUCGUCUCCCACUUCCAACUGACCCUUCUAGUCAAAAUGGGGCUUCAAAAAACACAAGCACAACGUUGCCCCUAUGCAAGAAAGAAGAGCCAACAAAGGGGAGAAGAAUGGACCGUGUUUUACAGCGGCAGGACAGCUGGUCCAGCUUUUAUACAGGAAAACAGGAUGAGGAUCAAAGCUCAGAUUCCUUCAAACUUCAGGAUGGGUUCAGUGCUCUACUGAGGCGUCAUGGUGGCUCCAGAAGAAACUCCCUGCUGCGCUGGUGUCAAAAUCGUACCCAAGGCUACAAGAAUAUUGAGAUCACGAACUUCAGCAGCAGCUGGGAAGAUGGUUUGGCAUUCUGUGCUGUUUAUCACACCUAUUUGCCCACUCACAUCCCCUAUGACAGCCUCAACCCAGAUGAAAAGAAAGAAAACCUGAACCUUGCUUUUAAGACAGGAGAGAGUGUGGGGAUUACAGCCACACUGACAGUGGAGGAGAUGCUGAAGGCCGACGGACCCGACUGGCAAAGGGUGCUGGGAUAUGUCGAAAACAUUUUCCGUCACUUUGAGAUGUGAAGGUGUCCUCCCUUGUCUUGCUCUUCUGCCUGGUUAUGUUUUAAAUCAUUGUGACUCGGGAGCUGAAGGACUGAAACACUGUUUACCACAGGAUAGAGGUCUGCCUACAAUGAACUCAUCACCCAGUGUGUAUUAGACCUGACUACUUCAUUUUAUGUAUCAGUAACAUCACCUUCCCACACAAACAGGUGAGGGCUGACUCCCAGGUGGAAGAAACUAAACAUAGUUUGACUCUUGGAGCACUUUUAUUUUUCUACAUACAUUGCAGUUACAUUGGAUCUCAAUAGCUGCCGACUAAAAAUGCACAGAACGCACAUAUGACAGUAUUGUCUCCUUGAUGUCUUCCAUGUUGCAGUCAUGUCUCUGGGUGCUGAUUGCACUGGUUUUGCACUGUUUGCCUCCUAAAAAUUGAGCACUUUAUAAUUAACAUAAAUGUAACUAUGUAGCACUUUUUAGUGGAGGAUUUCAGAAUCUGGGUCACUUUGUCUUGACUAAAUGUUUUCAUCAUGAACUUGUCCUGCCAUGAUACUGUCAUAUGUGCAUGCAUCCAAAACUAAAACCCCUCAAUGAAGAAAGGGAGCAGAUAUGUACCCAGAUUUUAGAUGUCGGAAUAUUGAUAUUUUAACCCGAAACGGUACAGAGUCAAAGGAAAGUUGCCUUUUGAGGACAUGUAAAAAUGUGAAUGUGUGUAAUCACAGAUGUGUUUUGAAAGAUACAGUCAAUGUAUAAAGACUUACUGCAACAAUAAAGUAUGUAUGUAUAUGGAAA